AAAAUUUGUAGGUCAAGAAUAAUUGAAGAUGGUUAUAGACAAUUAUCAAGGAUACCUUCACAAGCUUUGAAAGGUUUAAUACGUGUUCGUUUUAUUAAUGAACUCGGCUUAGAUGAGGCUGGAAUUGAUCAAGAUGGUGUAUUUAAGGAAUUUCUAGAAGAAACUAUAAAAAGAAUUUUUGAUCCAUCUAUGAAUUUAUUCAAAGUAACAAGUGAAAACAGAUUAUAUCCAUCAUCGACUUCGGCGAUACAAGAAAAUCAUCUUUUAUUUUUUGAAUUUAUUGGUCGAAUGCUUGGUAAAGCUGUAUAUGAAGGUAUUGUUGUUGAUGUCCCUUUUGCAUCAUUUUUCAUAUCUCAAUUUUGUGGUCAAGCUGGAGGAGUUUUUUAUAGUUGGCUUGAUGAAUUAGCUUCACUUGACCGAGAAUUAUAUCGAAGUUUAACAAUGGUUAAACAUUAUAACGGAGAUAUAGGUGACUUAGCAUUAACUUUUUCAUUUGACGAAAAUGUUAUGGGGAAAAUAAUUACACAUGAGUUGAAACCUGGUGGAAAAGCAAUAUUAGUUACAAAUGAGAACAAAAUAAAUUAUAUUCACUUAAUGGCUAGGUUUCGAAUGUAUGUUCAAAUAAAGAAUCAAAUAAAAGCUUUUACGAAAGGAUUUCGUUCAAUGAUUAAUUCUGCAUGGCUUACUUUAUUUUCAACGCCAGAGUGUCAAAAAUUGAUCUCGGGUGAAGAUAUAUCUCUAGAUUUACGUGAUUUACGAAAACAUACACAAUAUUAUGGAGGUUUUCAUGAUAAACAUCGAGUAAUUUGUUGGCUUUGGGAUAUUCUUGAAAAAGAUUUUUCAGAAUCUGAAAAAGGUCUUUUCUUAAAAUUUGUUACUAGUUGCUCUAAAUCACCAUUAAUAGGAUUUGCUCAUUUGGAGCCUCCAUUUUCUAUUAGAUGUGUUGAAGUCGGUGAUGAUGAAGAUACUGGAGAUACAAUUGGUAGUGUAAUCAGAGGAUUUUUCACGAUUCACAAAAAAGAUCCACAAAACCGAUUACCAACAUCAUCAACUUGUUUUAAUUUAUUGAAGUUACCGAAUUAUAAAAAGAAAAAUAUUCUUCGUGAAAAAUUAUACUAUGCUGUUACAAGUAAUACUGGAUUUGAAUUGUCAUAAAAUAUUACACUAUAAUUAGAGAAAUACUUUUAUUUAGAAA